UAGCGGGAUGACUCCUCGCCGUCGUGGGACGUACUUGAUACUCACCCACUCUCCUCGAUCAACCUUCGGCAACGAAUUAUUACUGAUCAACGAAAAUCAAAGUCGACAUGAAAUCUAGGCCAGCUCAUGAGGCGUCACCGGGCCUCCUGGCCUCCUUGUUCAAUGCUGCCUACUCGGUCUAUCCAUCUGGAUCGCCCGGCUUUGAUGCCGAGACCAUGACAGCCUGGCUCAUCAGAAACCGCAUUUCCCUACAGCGCAGUCACGUAUUCUAUCCUGGGGAUGGACCUGACGAGGCACUGGGCAUAGCCCUCGUCGCCAGGAGGAGCGAUAAGCCAACCCAUUCCCGCCUGGCGAUGAUUGGCAUCAUCCCUACUGCACAAGGGCACGGCUACGGCUCAAAGGGCCUAGACAUGGUCAUAUCAGCAGAGCGAGCCUCUGGAACAGAGGUAUUGGAGCUCGAGUGUCUGAUCGACGACACCAAAGCGCUCACCAUGUACCAUAGAAGGCGUUUCGAGGCUGUGCUUGAGAUGCCCGAAUGGGAGAGCGAGGUUAUUGACCAAUUCGAGUGGCACGAAGACCCAGGGAAGGCGGCCCUCGAGGAGAUCACGGUGGGAGAAGUCGAACGAAUCAUUGAGGAGCACGGGGACAAGGAACGACUAGCCUGGCAGGCAUACAUGCUGUCCUCGCAUCGUUCCGCAAAGAGGGCUUUCAGGCUGGGUCAUGCGUACUGCGCCAUCUCGGAUCCGGAUGAGGAGGAGUCAGGGCAGCCGAUCUCUCUUGCCAGUCUAAUCGUCGAGGAGGAGUACAGAGGCCAGGGACAAGCGUGGGAUCUGAUCAGAUGUGUCCUGUCGCGCUACAAGGGGAGGAGAUGGAGUGUUCCGGGUGUCUUUCCAAGGAGCGGGCUGAUGGGUAGACUUCCCGGUGAAGAGUCGGAUCAUGGCCAGGUGCUGAUGCGUCUGAAGCUGAAUUGAAGCGGCGGCGGGUUAUUAUACCAUCGUUUGCCUUGUCUUGUCUCAGAUAGGAGUCUCACUCUGACUGAUGAAGCUGUGAUGCCUCGCCCGGAACGGGUCAUCCCGACAGCCGAGGAAGUGAAGCUGGGAAAAAAUUCUGGAAACCGUUGGAAAGCUCCACGGUCCAGCCAGUCCAGUCCAGCCCAGUCUAGCCCAAGCUCCACAUCGCGACACUCUUCAGCUUUCGACCUCGACCUCUCUCUUCCUCCUUUCCUCUGCAUCAACGUUCUGUACAACCAUCAAUUAAUCGCUUAAUACUCCAGCUCGAACGGUAGUCUACGUCGCCGACACUCGACACUUACAUCUAUCACAAUGGUACGCAUCUCCCCUGUCUAUUGCGGACGAGCAAGCAAGCCUUCGGUUCCCCUCGGCUAUGCGACGCGCUGCCUCGACGAAAGCAGUCAGU